AUGUCUCAGAUAUUUGGAAAAGUGACGAAUGCUGUGCUGUCCGGCACUAACGAAAACUCCUUUUCCCUCGCCAACCUGAACCUGGGAUUUUCCCUCGUUACACUCGAGGCACCUGCCGAGUUUCAUCCCCUUGGCUCUGCCCUAUCGCAUCAUCGACGGCAAACGGCUGAGGAGGGAUCCCACCAUCAGACCGCUCGUAUGCUAGGAGCUUUGUUCUCCCAAGUCGCACCCAACGCUCCAAAGCUUCUCCGAGCUUUCGGUGAAAGAGUCUCGGAAAUCAUCAAGUCCCCUGGUGCUAAUCCCACGGGUACAAUCAAAGAUGGGCCGUUCAAAGACUCUGUCGGCGCGGAUGCCACUUCUAUCUGGGCAGCUGCAACAUCUGGCUCUGCGUCCCUUGCGGUCCUGCUGUUAGCGUGCUUGUUGGCAAGAAAGUUCGACGAUCCGAAAUUGAGCGUCGCCAUCUGGGCAGAAAUAGUGGCAAUCCGUCAGAAGGAGGUGAUAGCGACUGCGCAAUCGGAUGGGUUCGCCAUGAACGAGGCAGUCAUUGCAGCUCACCAGAAGAUCCUACGCGAAGACUUGGCCACUUUUGAUGCAAGCGUCCGUGCUUGGCUGAUCACGGCUGACCAGGUAAAGGUCAAACAAUUGAAGCAGCUCACGCUGAUCUUGGACAACCUUACCACUCUGCCCGUUAGCACUGGCAAAGAUACAUACGCCAAGAUCAUCAAUGCCUGGGAGACCGCAAUCAAUGGCUUCGAAGCUCUACUGGACGGAAAGCCACAGAAUGCUACCGACAGUUCCGUCUUGCUGGCUUUAUCAGCCUGGCACCUGUAUCCGGAUCUCAUCGUACUCUCCUCAGAGACGAAAAAGGUGGUCUUCCAGGAUCCAUUAUUUCCACCCUCUGUUGCGAUCACCGUGGGCUUGUCGCUCAGAAACAACGACCAAGUAUCUCCAGGUUUCCAAUGGUCACUGGCUCUUUCUCAUCUCAGAUACUACGGGCAACCGGUCCGCGUUGAGACGGAUCAUGACAACUAUCGAAUCACAAUGGAUGAGCUUUGCCUCAUCGCAUUUGGGUCCUUACUUUCGCACUGGCGUUUGCCAAUGCGCAUCAUGAAUGACGUUGCCUCUUGGUUCUGUUCGCUGGACAAUCUACUCCAAGAACAUUAUCACAAUCGUCUACGUAACGAGGAUGGUGGAUUCCUGCUCUGGUUACAACCCCUGACCAAGGCCUCAAAACUGCUGGUCAAUCUUUCUGAGGAUGAUUCUGCGAACUUUGAGAAACUUGUUCGGUACGGUGGUAGACGCGGAAAACAUCUCCUUGGAUAUCCUUCGAGGCUGAGCAACGGUCCGUUCUUCGGGUUAUGCAAUCUACAUGUUGUACAUGGUAUGUCAAUUCCUUCUACUUCAGAAGAAUACCUUCGGUAUGUGCGGUCAGUGGCAGAAACUACGGAUAUCUUGACAUUUGCUGUUAUCCAGUACUGGGAGACGGUUGCAGACACGGACGUGUGUGUUUUAGCUACCGCCACUCCGUACACCCGGUCGCCGCAUCAGGAUUCUACAGCUGAAGGAUGGCAACAGCAGAAAUUUCACGCACGAUGGGUUUUCACGGGCUCUUCGAGCCAUUUGACAGAAGUUAAACGAAAACUGGCCCAUGAUCAAGCACCGUCUUCGGAGCUUGUUGAAGCCAUUGACCCCCACAAGUACACCAUGCUCGGUACCAUCGCUCGAGAAGGUCUACUAAACGUUCCACAAACCUCAUUCUAUUGGUCAGAUCCUCCUCCUUUCGAGUCAGCUGGCUUUUCAGAAAAGCAAUGCUGGUGGAACGGUGUUGGGUGCCAGGAUCAGCAAAAUGGAGACAAGGCCCAUGCGACUGCCGAAGAAAAUGAUCCUUUGGGACGAGGCCAGGAAUAUCCGGAUCCCUACAAUCCGAGUCACAUCCGGGGUUCUGAGACACGGCAAUCGGUAGUCUCCUUGUUUUGUCCGGUAUGGGCCGCUUGUGACGAAAAACGAGAAAUUGGCCUCUUUGCUGUUUAUGAGGGUGCUCGGCUUUUUGAGCGUCAAUUGGCAAAGUUCUGCCUCCUCCAAAGUUCGAACAUGGCCGCUCUGAACUCGGAAGAGACGCUGCAACGCGCGCAUCUAGAGAACUUUGUCGGGGAGAGGGUUGCCCGUCAUUUCGGGAAUAUGGAUUUCCUGCCUUCUCGAGACGAGCAAUCUCCUGGAAUUAUAAAAUCGAGCCACGCGCUCCAGUCACAAGUGCUACCUUCAUUCACCAGCCUCAGACACCUCCAUGGCUUAGCAUUGAUGUCACAACUCUAUGGACAGUUGCCCCAUGCGACAUUUCCCAUCAAAAUCGCGGAAACUCCAUUCUAUGUAUUUGAAUACUAUCUCGGGGGAGAUCCUAAGCAUAGGCCUCGUUCCCUGAGCGGGGUCUCAAGGGUACAAGCACUAGCAGGAAUUUGCACGAUGGAAGCAGGGGGCAUCCCAGUUGACCUCUCCCUGUUUGAUCGCGCCUUUGCAAUAGCGGCCGGCAACUCCAUCUUCGUUCCAGAAUCGCUCCUUUCAGACCCAUCACAUUGCACGCCACCGUAUGCAAUCCGGAGGAUUGUCGGCAAUCUUGGCCGCCCUGGGGUGUCCCUUCUAGUCAGCCCCGAAACUGUGAUGGUAAAAGAAAAGACAACAGACUUUCGAGCAAUAGAACAUGCUCCUUACGAUCACAAACGGGAAGAUAACUUCGGCGCCACUUCGCUGCACCUGUUACUAACGGGAUGGCAAGUUCCCGUUGCUCUCCCCUGCAAGGUGAUUGGCAAUAUCGACCAGGAUGUUUUUCAGGUCGAAGCAGUGGUGUCAGUACACGACAGAGGCCACUGGUACGCACACAUCGAUAUACUCGCAACUCUUCAACAGCUAAGACUUCAUUAUGUGAAUUACCGAUGCUCGUGCGGGAGUAGACAGGAUCAGUCUCAGCGGGAAUAUACCAGCAUCGACAACUUUGAGGAACUCUUGGAUCCUCCAGAUGGUGUAGGGAUAUUCCGAGCACACAAUAAUUGGUCGGCUAGAUUGGCUGCGACUUGCAUAGCAAGACAGACAAUGGGAUUGCGGAAGGUAUUCAUAUUGAACAACGACGAAGUGUGCUGGGCUUGCCUUGAGUCGGCGAUUGAACAGAAAACUGCUCGAAUAGAUUUGUCAUAUAAUGAGUCGGACCCCGAAAACGAAGAAGAAAAUGGCGAGUUUCUGGAAAGUGAGUCUGACACUGAAGAUCAAAGAGCGGUUGACGCGGAAGAGGAAGGCGAGUUUGACGCUGAGGAAGAUGGCUGCACCCUCAUCAUAAUCGACUAA